AUGUCACAUGAAGGAAAUUUCACUACGGAAAAGGUCCGUAACUAUUUAAAGCAGUUUGGGAGAGACAACGAAGUAAUAGAAUUGCAUGAAUCAAGCGCCACAGUUGAACUCGCAGCACAAGCACUAAAAACACUUCCCGCAAUUAUUUGCAAGACUCUUUCUUUUCAAACACCUUCAGGACCAGUACUUGUGAUGGCCGCAGGUGAUGCAAGAAUUGAUAAUCAGAAAUUCAGAGCCCAAUUUAAUUGCAAAUGUAACAUGCUUAAAUCAUCAGAUGUAUUUGAAUUAACAGGCUAUCCACCUGGUGGUGUAUGCGGUUUUGAUAAUCCAGAACCUUGCAAGAAAUAUUGUGAUGUCUCUUUGAAGAGAUUUUCACAUGUUUUCCCUGCUUGUGGAACAGCAUCAUCCGCAAUUAAACUAACUUGCGAUGAAUUGUUCACUUUGACAAAAAGUAUUGAGUGGAUUGAUGUUUGCAAGGCUUGGGAUCCAAAUUUGAAGGAGCCAAGCGAAUAA